AUGUUGGAGAAGCCUAAAGCUAAUGGACAAGAUUUCAUAAGUGAGGUAGCUACUAUUGGGAGGAUUCACCAUUUUAAUAUGGUUCAACUUGUUGGUUAUUGUGUUGAGGGAUCAAAGCGUGCCUUAAUUUGUAACUUCAUGCCAAAUGGAUCUCUUGAUAAAUACAUUUAUUGUAAAGAAGGAAGCAAUCCUUUAAGUUGCAUGAAAAUGUAUGAGAUUUCUCUUGGAGUGGCUCAAGGUAUCGAAUAUCUACAUCAAGGUUGUGACAUGCAAAUUCUACAUUUUGACAUCAAGCCUCACAAUAUUCUUUUGGAUGAGAAUUUCAUCCCAAAAAUUUCUGACUUCGGGCUUGCAAAGCUAUAUCCGGUAGGUAAUACCAUCGUCUCUUUGACGGCAGCAAGAGGAACAAUGGGAUACAUGGCUCCUGAGUUGUUUUACAAAAAUAUUGGAGGUGUCUCAUACAAAGCUGAUGUAUAUAGUUUUGGAAUGUUGUUGAUGGAAAUGGCAAGUAGAAGAAAGAAUUUGAACGCAUCCAUAGAGAAUUCAAGCCAAAUUUAUUUUCCUCGUUGGGUCUCAGACCAAUUUUGCAUGGGCAAAGAGUUUGAGAUGGAUGAUGUUACAGAAGAGGAAAAGAAAAUAAUAAAAAAGAUGAUUAUAACUGCUUUGUGGUGUAUACAAUUGAAGCCAAGCGAUCGUCCUUCGAUGAACAAAGUUAUAGAGAUGCUUGAGAGAGAGGUUGAAUGCUUGCAGCUCCCUACCAAGCUUCUUUUAUAUCCACAACAAGAGAUGCCCAGAGACAAUCUUCAUGGCGUCAAAAGGUCAAGGCAAGGACAUUGCAGUUUCAAAGGCACAAUCUCUUCCAAGCAAUCCCACAAAGAAGAUGAGAAAGACCCAAGCUCUGCGACAUUUGAUGAAGUGACGAAAUCUACUGGUGGUAUCAACACAAUGAGCCGUGUUGUGAAGAGGAAAAUCCAGAAUAUUAAGCCUAUGGUUGAGUACAAUAAAAGUGACAGACCACAUGGCAAGGCUGCUAUUGAGAUGCAGAGUUACAUUGGUGUUUUGGCACGAACCAGAGUCCCUCUUGUGGACAAGAAAUGGACUCAAUUACCCAAGGACCUGAAGGAGCAGAUUUGGGAAGCUGUUUAA